UCGAUAUGAAGAGGUAUAGAAAGUAUGUAGCUGAAAAACAACUGAAAGUUAGUAGAUGUUUACUAACUGGCAUCAGUCAGAUGAUGAGACUAAUGCAGCUGCCUCCAGUACAAAGACAACCACAAGACUUUAUGGUAGAAGCUGAAACGUUUAUCCAAAACUUCACAGAGAUGAAAAAUCUCACAAGGCAGAGUGCAGAUGUGGAAUGUUUGCUGCAUCUUGAGACAUGUAACAAAGCAAUCAGCAAUGUGUUACAUGGAAAUCCUUUGUGCACUCAAGCAGUUGCUCUAGUCAGUCAGGGCAGAGUCACUGAUAUUGUUGCUAAUGAUGACAAAGGGGAGUUGGGAUUGUGUUUGAAAUUGGCAUCUGCAGCAAAUUCUAUUCUUGAGAGGCAGAUUAUAGUGACAGGCAAACAGGCGGAACACGGGAAAAUGCUCAAAAUAACUGAAACAUUGAGUCAUAUGGUUGGUGAACUACAGAAGUUGACCAGCCAAUCUGCUCGUGUUUGCAGUAGACGAGGACAACAACAACAACACAUGAAUGAUUACCCUGCAGUAUCAAAGAAAGCUACUACAGUCUCUGCAGUAGAAGUUGCGGACAAUGUUAUAAGCAAGAAGGGUACGAUGAGAAUAGCAGCAAGACAGCAGCUGUUGCAUACCUCUGCAGUCAUUACAGCUGUAAUGAACUUGAUGGGCAAGAAGUUAUGGUUGAAGUCAGGAUGUUAUCUGAAGGAAGAAGACAUAAAUUUUGAUACUAACAUGUUGUCGGAAAAUUUGAGGCAACUGCUUGCACUUGAUGACGAUCCAAAUACUGUGAAACAGAUGAAGGCGUUUGCAGCAAAAUUGGAUGCUGGUCUUUCUCUAAUGGUAAAGAAAGUUGCUAGAAUGUUGCCGGAAUCUGCAAGCCAUCCAAUUGAUGUAAACUGUAAGGAAAGGAUGGCUGCACGACAACAGCUGGCAAUCAGUUCUGCAAUUAUUAUAACUUUAUCAAACUUGGUUGGCAAGAAACUGUCGGUGUUAACUGACGAGGUCGUGAGCAUUAGGGACCAAGAAGAAAUAAGAGUUAACGUCAACGGUUUGUUAGAAAGUAUGAAGGAAUUACAUAGUGUUACCAGCGUAGACAAGAAAGGAGGUCGUGCUCACCAUUUACCACAAACAGAUCAUCCUUUUCAAUCCGCUGCAGUUUUGAAACGAAGUAGGUUCAGUAGAUAUGUAAAGGAAAAACUGGAACAUUCACAGUUGCAAGGAUGUUACCUUGUUACAUCUGCAAUGAGUCGCUUAGCUAGAAGGAAAACUUCUCUGAAACACAAAAUUUUGACAACAAAAGAUUGUGAGCUGAUGAAACGAGAUAUCUAUACUUUCAGCCAGACGUUUGAACAGUUGGAAAACACAACUUGGAAAUCAGCUAGCAAUCUAUCUAAACAACAUUCAUACGAUGACUGCUUUGAAGAACAAAGUGCCAGUGAAACAUGCAAUUUGAGCGAAGAGAGACAGACUGCGCAUUGUUUAGCAGAGCUUGACACAUGUCCGAGCAAUAAUCAAUUGAGACAUGUGUCUGAAACAAUUGAACCAAAAUGGAAAAAUGUAGCUCGCCACCUUCGUCCCCAUUCGCUUCAAUCUUGCGAUAUUGCUCGCAUUGAACAUACUUAUUCACAUAAUUUGACUGAUCAGUCGGCUGUCAUGUUGGAAAACUGGCGUAAAACGCACGGCAAGCGAGCGACCAUCAGGCUUCUAUGUGAGUCUCUGCUGGAUGCUGGAUGUCGACUGCAUGCAGAAGACGUUUUUGGCGAAGAAGUGGUGGAAAGAGUUGCUUUAGAACAUAGACCUAGUGAAAACGUGACUGCUGAAGAUGAACUUUUUGAGCUGUCUGAAGCAGUGGGAACAAAAUGGCGAGAAUUGGGUCAACUUCUUGGAGUAACUUUAGAGCAAAUGGAUUGUAUUGAAAGAGACAUUCCUACAACAAGAGAAAAAGCGUUCAAGAUGCUACAUGAUUGGUAUUGCGCACGUGGAAAAAGAUGUAAUUUGAAUGACGUGAAGUCUAAAGUAACAGAGUUAAAGAGAGCAGGAGAAAGUGCUAGACAGGAAAAACGACAGUUUAUUUUUCCUCUAAAUCUUUGUGAUGACCAGCGAUUUUAUGGUCGUGAGGACGAACUGAGUAAAAUGAGGAAAACAUUGUUUGAAAACGACAUUCGCUUUACUACUGUAUCGCCUGCAAUUAAAUUCUGUCUACUGGUGAUUCGCGGCCUUGGAGGUAUUGGCAAAUCAUCUCUCGCUGCUCGUUUUGCGUUCAUGUUCAGAGAAGUGUACAGCGACGGCGUAUUCUUUCACAAUGCGGAAACCUGGGCAAUGCUGGAAUCGUCAAUUAGAGAAAACUUGUGUGAACUGGUAGCUCAACAGUUCAGUGGUACUCUUGACGAAAUGAACAGAAUCUUCUUGAAUCACAUUUAUCGGAAAUCAAAGGUCCUUCUAUUGUAUGAUAACGUACAAGACGUUGAUCUAUUGUUGCGAGUUUUGCCGCGUCAAUUCUCAAAUGUUCACAUUUUGGUGACUACUCGCUGUUGUACUGAUAACAAACUGUCUCAGAAAGCUGACCAUGUCAUUACACUUGAAUAUCUGUUAGGCGACAAUGCUUUGACGGCAUUAUUUGGUUGGGCUGAGAGGUCACAUCCAGUUGAUGAAUAUGAGUUGGACUAUGCAAGAAGAUUAGUAACAAGUCCAUUGAUUCAAGGAUUGCCAUUAGCCAUUGCACACAUUGGCACAUUUAUACGACAAACAAACAUGUCAUGUCGUAACUAUUAUCACCUUCUGAAGAGAGAAGAGGAGGAGAUGAAAGCAACAGCUUUAAACAUUGAUAAACUUUUGCAGUAUUUUCAUAUUAGUCAUUUGAGGGCUCCUUUAGCUGCUGUUGGUGUAACUCAUCCUGAACAGCUUGAGUCGUUUGAGCAUGAACUGAUAUCUCGCGUUACUGACAAUCCUAUCGACCAAAGAACUUUGCUUUUUGCACAAUUUUGGAUGAAGAACGCAAACCAUGUCUAUUUGACGUGGCAAUUUGACAUUCAAUCUGUGAGUCCUGAUGCCUUGAGUGUGUUGGAGUUCGCUUCUUUGCUGUCAUCUAGAAACAUACCAGGUGACCUUCUCCAGUUAAUGGCCUUUUCAAAUAGCGACAGACAAGCACUUCGUAGGUUUAGUAAGAGUCUAACAGAGUUGUUAUCUCACGCUCUUAUAACGACAGUUGAAACGAAUGAUAACUACAGAUGUGAUGUUCAUGCUCUAAUACAGUUAACAGUAUUGAAUCGUCUCAUCAGAAAGCCUCAUAUUCUACACGCUAAACUCACUCGUUUGGGUGAGCAUUUGCAGCAAAUUGUGCCAAAAGGAUUUUCUAACACUAAAAAUCAAUUGCAAGACAUGAAGUUUGUGGAAAUGAUUCCUCAUCUUUACAGUGUCGCAGAAAGAAUUCUUGCGACACAAUGUGACGAUGAUGUGUGUUGGGAUGUGGUUCAGAGAGCUUGUGAUACCAGCGUUUCCAGUGGCCACGUUGAUACUGGCUUUCGAUUGUGUCAACAACAACUAAAGAUACUCGAACCAAUUGGGACGUAUGUGCAGAAUGAAUGUCGUUUGAAGGGCGUUGAUGACAGUGUACGUUCCAAAGUUAUUUUAUACGCGAAAGCUCUCUUUCAAAUGGGUUUAUCGUAUGACAUUCUGAAGCAUAGUUUUCUUGAAUCUCUAAGAUAUUACGUGAAAGCAAUUGACGUCAUGAACAACGACCACGAGCUCGUGUGGAAGACUUCUUUGUAUUUAGACGUGCAAACGAUCUUGGCGAAUUCUUACUUACAGUUAGGUCAGCUAGCUGAAGCUGAACGUAUCUUUUCAUGUCUUCUUCCUAUUUAUGCUUCUCCUAAUUCCCCGCUUUUUCGUCCAAAGAAUGCCUUAGAAGUAAUGAACCUGUUGGCCAAUGUAUAUUUGGAAGCUGGUCAAUAUGAUCGUGCCUAUGGUAUGUACCAACAAGCACAUUAUGAAGCACAGUUUGUUGCAGGAUCAGACCUUAUUAUUGCAAGAAUCAAGUUUAACAGUGGUAACUGUCUAAUAUAUGCUAAUGAUUACAAUGGAGCCGUGGAGCUUUAUGGACAAGCACUGACUGCUAUGAGACAGACGCUACCUGCUGAUCAUGUUGACGUCGUUAUGGUUAAACGUCAAUUGUGUAAAGUUCAACUGGAGUUAGGUAACAUAUCCGAAGCCACUCGUAUGUCAGAAGAUUUAGUGUCGGUUAUGAUGUCAACACGUGAUCGUGACGAUCUUUAUGUCGCAAUGGCUGUCUCUGGGCUAGCUGACUGUUAUUGGUUUGCUGAAGAAACGGCUAAAGCCGUCAAACUGCGUGAAGAAUGUGUUGAAACAUUUAAGAGAUAUCUACCAGAUACCUUACAACUUCUUUGUAUCGAAUUAUACCAAUUGGGAGAGCACUAUUUUUUCAACGGUAGGUUACAGCAGUCGUUCUCUUUUCUUCAAGAAGCAAUUGGUUUUUUUCGAUCAUUUCGCAUUGACUUUCAUCCUCAAUUAAUGCAAUGUCUUCUCUUGCUUGGAUUGAAUUAUCUCCAAACUGGCAACGCGGUAGAGGCUGAAAACGUGUUGAGAGAAAGUUUGCAGAUUUCUGAAAGGAUUUUGCAUGGAUGCAUUAGCUUUGCUGUUGUUGCGUUUCCUGCACUUGUGGAUUCUCUAAUUAUGCAAAAUCGAUAUGCUGAAUGCUUACCGUUGCUGUUGCAAUACCGUAAUAUAGUCGCGCAAAACUUUCCUCCAAUGUCGAAAGAAAUUGCUGGAGUUUGCUUGGGACUCGGAGAAUGCUAUUUGAAUUUGCAGCAACUGGGAGAAGCAGAAAAAGCUUUGUCAGAGUCAAUUGAAAUAUACAGCACCGUAUUGCCUGCAGACGAUUCUGAUAUGAGAAAGGCUGUUAAGGCUCUUGUCUUUCUUGGAUCGUUAUACGAACAAGAGGGUGAUUUUAGGAAGGCAACAGAGCUUUACAAGCAGAGUUUGAAUACUCUUGAACAAAUUCCACUCAUUUACGUUGAGACUGCGGAUGUAUUGAAUAAGGCAGCAAACUGCUUAUGGAAGCAACAAGACUUUGCUGAAAUGUUACCGUUCCUGUUGAAAUUACGUGAAAUGCAUGCACAACAAGCACCAGCAUCAGAGGCAAUGGUGAAGACUUGUGAUUUUAUUGGAGUGACUUAUAUGAACCUGCGUUGCUGGAAAGAAGCGGAAGAAGCAUUCUCACAGUGUCUUGAGAUAUCUCAGUAUGUCUUCCCUCCUGGACAUGCUGGUAUCAGCAUAGUUGAACGACAUUUACAUGACGUCCGGCAACGACUAUAUGGACACUGAUGCUGAAUCAGAUGACUUUGAUCUUUUGCAGCUGGAAGAACUGUACAUUAGUAAAUGUAAACCAUUAAAUGUUACUGUUUAAAUGGCGGCGGUGUCAACGCCAGUUUAUGUAUGUACUUGGUUAUGGAUUGUAGUUUGUUACUGAA